AUGAAGAGAAGACUUUGCUCAACGGAUGACGAGUCCUUCGACUCCUUCAAACGCCGUCACAUCGCACAUGCUAAAUCCGAAACAAAUUCAGCUGCACCGCAGUCGUCUAGAGGAUAUAGAAAGGACCUGCUCGGCUUGAAUGAUACCGAUCAAGUCGCCUCGGCUCAUUCUGGAGUUACUCAUCGCACUUGUGUUUUUGCGCAGGGCUCCUCGACAUCCACUCUUGGAAAAAAAGGCUGCCAAGCUCGAGCCGUCUCUUCUAAGUCAGGAUGGGAAGAACGGCUCGAGAAAGCUUUUGGGGCCAUCCACCCCGAUGAGUCCAACCCUGGAAAAAAACUGGUCUCUUCAUCACAUCGCGAACUAGAGCUGACGAGUAGUGACGGUAUUAGAAGUCCGGCACUUUCAAAGACGGACGUGGCAAAUUCCGAAAAACGCAAAACGUUCAUAAAUAAUCUCCAGUGUAUCAAACCUACACUCUUGGCACGCGACCAAUUGAAAAAUGGGCGUAGCAAACCCGAAUCGAGUUGCAUCAAGAAAAUCAAGCGACCCCCAUGGGAUAUUAACCCUCUUGGCUGGCGGAAUGAGCUGUUUCAACUGGAUGGGAAUGGCGAACGUAUGUCGCCUCGCAAUCAUAAGAAACGUUUAUCACCCCUAGAGCCCAUCAGUAGAAAUCAUAACGGAGACAAGAAGCGGUCUGACAAAAAGCCGAAAAAGCUGGUUCCGCUUUCUAACUUACUUAUCAGCGCCAAGGAGUAUUAUGAAUUGAGUAUCCUAACCCCUGUCGCUCUUGAGAGAGAAGAAAGAUAUAACUGGGGACACCUCAAGAAAAACGCUCGAGUCAAAAAGAAGCUUAUGCGCAGAAAGAUUCGGGUGCUUGAGAUGUCGUCACAAGCGCCUGCUCCCUCAGUCGAGAUACUAGAACGCAGGUUUAGGGCACACAGAGAGUCCGCCAAACAACGGGCCCAACUGAGGCCCUCCUGCAAACCUCAAAGCAGCACAUAUACGAAGCUCACGGAGAAACAUCUUGGUGCACCCAGACCAGCAGUAGGUGCCGAAACGGCGAAUCAAAGAGAGCCCGCGCUAAAUAACGAACAUCGACAAUCUUCUCCGCAAACCCAAAUCCCCCUGAUCAGUAAAUAUUUCCCUGAUCCUGCUGAGAACAGUCGAUCUUUUCCUUUCAAAAGCUGCUCAGGGAGACCACCUGGCCCGGUAUCAAUUUCUCCUCCAGAAAACAAAGGAAACCCUGGGCCCAACAGCGGAAGUUCAAACCCAACUACAUUUGGCCCGGCGAUUCAAAGCGAUACUCUUAUUGAGCUUUCCCAGCCCGAAAUCCAAUUUCCUGCUAGCGCGGAUGUUCCAUUACGGCACUCGAAAGUUAAAACUUCUCCUGUGACUAACGAUUCUGAAGCAGGCCGUCAAAAUCGGGGCGCGCCCGAGGAAGAUAAGUAUAAGGACGCACAAGGAGAGGAAGAAUUUGUAGCAGGAGUCCCAACUAGCAACCAAAUUUCCAUCCAAACCCGAAGCGGGUUGUCCCCCCUUCGUGAUGCGAUUCCUUUCGAUAUUCCCUCCAAAAAAUUACCAAGUUCCAGUCGUUUGCUAGUUGAAGAUUCGAACCGGAAAAAUCCAGAACCGGAAUCAAUCACGCAGGGCCCAGCUGGAAUCCACUUAAAAGGAGGGACGGAAAACAACUUCAAUCGUAUCAAUCCUCUACCGCCGGCUGGAUCUUUAAAAUCAGGACGGAAACUCGUGACAUUCGAUCCUGAUGCUAAAGAUUCGAGAACAGACCCAGUGAACUCUCUUAAAUCCAAGUUUCAACCAAUCUUAUCAGAUGGAUUCGUGUCUUGGGAUUCUGAAGAAUAUAACAAUCCACCGAAAACUUCGAAUAAAUGCCAGAUCCGCCCAGUGAAUAAAUUGCUUAGGGGAAACAAGAUGGGAUCCAAUGAGGCCGGAGAGAAUUCAAAUAGCGAUUGCACCGACGAUUCCUGGCCUGGAUUUCCAUGGGUCAAUGAAAGUCCUCAGGAUCCUGGUCCUUCGAAUAAGGCUUCAGGGAGUUCUUUGGGAGACAUGGAUAUUCUUCAUGGAAAUGUAAAGAUCGGUCAGUGA